AUUACGCUAAUACUUUCACUAUUCUAAAUAAACAGAGCGUAUCAUCCGGAAAAAAGUCGCCAAGUACAGAGACUGUAAUUUCUCUUAUUCAACGCGCUCAGUGCUUCACAUUCAUUCGACGAGACAUCAACGGAUUAUUUACUUUCUCAUGUCGCAAGUCUCAAAUUGUACUAAAUACAACAAUGCGAACGAAAUAUAAUUUCAAUGUAUAUUUGACACAAAUGGCAACGAUAAUACUUGUCGUGAACUCUGUCACGGCCAAUUUAUUGGAAAAACUUACAGAAAUGGCUUUAACAGAAGAGACUUCGACACAAGCAAGAGCGGAGGAUGUUUUGUCAAUGGGACAAUACUUUCAAGACAUAUUUUCGGAACAUCUGGCACCUCUUAAAAUUGAAUUUGGUCAUGUCUGUGAAAAUCCUACUGAGUGGGAACAAAGAUUCGAACGAAAAGAUUUUGACAAUAAUCGUUAUAGUGGCAAGGUGAAAUGGGGUAAUAAAAAUGGAGAUUACGGCGAACACUAUUGGGACUUGAAUCAUUAACUUUGGCUAAUUAUUCCUAAACAUUGAUAAUCUGUUUA